AUGCCACCCAAUGAUACCGAUAUAUACAAGCGAACAGCUUCAGAGAGUAUCAAACCUCCAUUCGUCAAGCAAAUAAUACCGCCCAUGUUCGACAGUCCAACAACAUGGCAGAAUUGGUACACACGUAUUGCCUGGAUCCAGGCUAUCUUCCUCAUCGCCACACCUCUCAUUGCUCUCUAUGGUAUACUUACAACUGAGCUAAAGAUCAAAACACUUGUAUUCUACCUGUCGUAUGGCAAUAUAAACGGCUUAUGUAUUACUGCGGGCUAUCACCGUUUCUGGGCACAUCGGUCGUAUAUGGCAUCGGUUCCUCUCAAACUCUUGUAUGCUAUUGGAGGUGCUGGAGCAGCAGAAGGAUCCGCUUACUGGUGGUCACGAGGCCAUCGCGCACACCACAGAUGGACAGAUACCGACAAGGAUCCUUAUAGUGCCCAAAGAGGGUUCUUCUUCUCCCAUUUUGGAUGGAUGCUUGUCAACCGCCCCCGCCAUAGAAUUGGCUAUGCAGAUGUCAGCGAUCUAAAGGCUGAUCCGAUUGUGGCUUUCCAACACAAAUACUAUACCCAGCUUGCCUUGGUAAUGGCUAUUUUUGGACCAAUUCUCGUGUGUGGAUUAGGUUGGGGUGAUUUCAGGGGAGGAUUCUUUUAUGCGUUUGCAGUACGUGUCACGACUAUCCACCACAGUACCUUUUUUGUGAACAGUCUGGCACACUUCCUUGGAGAGGACACCUAUGACAACCACCAUUCGCCGCGAGACCAUUGGCUCACGGCUUUCCUUACCCUAGGAGAGGGCUAUCACAACUUCCACCAUCAAUUCCCUCAGGACUAUCGCAAUGCAAUUCUAUACACACAGUACGACCCAACCAAGUGGUUCAUCAAAUCCAUGGAGUUUUUGGGACUCGCAUAUGAGCUCAAAACUUUCCCCACUAAUGAAAUCGAGAAGGGCAAGAUACAGAUGAUUGAAUUCAAGCUAGAAGUGGCCAAGCAAAAACUGAAAUAUGGUACCCCCAUUGACGAAUUACCGGUUUAUACCUGGGAGGAAUUCCAGGCUCUGGUGCAUAAAUAUGACAGACAGUGGAUCUUGAUAGAGGGAAUUCUGUAUGACAUGGAGUCUUUUGAACACCCAGGCGGAGAAAAAUACAUAACGACGGCAUUUGGCAAGGAUAUGACGACUGCAUUCAAUGGCGGUAUCUAUAACCAUUCGAAUGGUGCAAGGAAUCUACUCACCAUGCUGCGCGUGGGUGUGUUGGUUAACGGUGUAGAGGUUAUGGCGGAGUCCAUUGAAAAAGAGGUUGAGGACUUGACGCUUUAUCCUACCAAAAAUAUCCUUGCCUGA